CGAUGAGUGAAUUCAUACGGUAAAGUGAACUCUUCGGUGAAGUUGUGUAUUUUCGACAGUUCCGAAAUCGCGUAUUUUCGUUACGUUUUUUUUCCUCGUUCGUACGUAAACAUCGACAAUUUUCGUAAUAAAUUUUCGAAUCGAAAAAAAAAAUACCUACCGAAUACGUUGUUCUCGUAAAGAUUUUUUUUGCGGUUUAAAUAUUUUCGUGGUAUGUGGUAAAUUGCGCGAUUUUUUUUCUCUAUAAAUAACCAUAAGCUAGUAAUUUCGCUUGGCGUUUGUUUCUUGUUUUAUUCGAUUUUUUUUUACUUAAUUUUGUGAUUUUUUUUCUUGGUUUAUGAGUUCGUCGCUUUUUUUUUUUUUUUUUUGAAAACAAAAUACAUUUAAAAUGACUUAGAGAGUUGUUAAUGUUUAAUUUUUCGUAUUAGUUUUCGGUUCGCUUCGUCGCUAAUUUGAGUAAUUUUGCGCUUUUCAUUGUAUUUCUUCAAUUUUUUUUUGUUUGUUUUUUAUUUCGAAUUAUAAUUUAUUCAUUUUCGUGUGUGCUUGUGAAAGUGAUGACUCCAGCUUCGGGUACGCACCAGUCUUCGGCAGACUCGAUCACCGUCUGAACAUCACGCAAUGGAAUCCCACCGGCCAGUCCGCUUGUCGCUGACGACGGUCUGUAUCGCGCUGUUGACCUGGUCUUCGACGUGCUCAGCUUCGAAUAAACAUUACCGCGACUCCUCCAAUCGUCGGGUAUCCGCCGUCAUCGAUCCCUGCUACGACAUCAACGGCGCCAAACGAUGCAUACCGGAAUUCGUGAACGCCGCGUUUAAUACGCCCGUCGAGGCGUCCAGCACGUGUGGCACCUCCGGAGCGUCUCGCUACUGCGACGAUUCCGACAGCGGUGGUACUUGCCACCAAUGCGACGAUGCUGAUCCCAAAAAUCGCUAUCCUCCGGUCCACUUGACCGAUCUGAAUAAUCCCAACAAUGUUACGUGCUGGAGAUCGGAUCCGAUCCCGGAGCAGUCGCAUUCCUCACCAAAUGCUCCCCCAGAUAACGUCACGCUCACUUUACCAUUGGGCAAAAAGUACGAAAUCACUUACAUCAGUCUGCAAUUCUGUCCUAAAACUCCGAAACCCGAUUCUAUCGCCAUUUACAAGAGUAUGGAUUACGGUAAGACCUGGCAACCGUUCCAGUUCUACUCGAGCCAAUGUCGCCGAGUUUACGGACGUCCGAAUCGAGCCACCAUCACCAAAGCUAACGAACAAGAAGCAUUGUGCACCGAUUCGCAUCGUUACAAUGGCGGAGACGCCAUCUCAAGCCGGAUCGCCUUCAGUACUCUGGAAGGACGUCCCAGCGCUUCCGAAUUUGAUAACAGUCCAGUUCUGCAAGACUGGGUCACCGCCACCGAUAUCCGAGUCGUCUUCAAUCGAAUGCAUUUCCCAACUAAUUCCGACGAUAUUCUCGAUAUCUUCGAUCAAACUACUCUUCCUCCUAUAGUCAAAUCUCCCGGUAAUACCGCCAUCGUAUCCGUUGAACUGGGCAAAGAAGCCAAACCCGAUGCUCCCGAAGUGGUCAUCAUCAAAUCGGCGAAAGAUCUGCAGAAUCACGAACCGAUGGUGGUUGAAGAUCCAAACCCAGCUGAAGCUGCCGGUGUCGCUGCUGCUGGAAAAGCUCUGAUGUCUCCUGUAGUGAUGACCACCGUACAACCGCAGGUUCCCAUUAGUUAUAGUUAUUCGGUGGCCGAUUUCGCUGUGGGAGGUCGUUGCAAGUGUAACGGGCAUGCUUCCAAGUGUAUUCCGGAAGGUCCUCAGGGGCAUUUGGUGUGCGACUGCAAACACAACACUGCUGGACGCGAUUGCGAUAGGUGUAAACCGUUCUAUUUCGAUAGACCUUGGGCCAGAGCUACCGCCAAGGAUGCCAACGAAUGCAAACCCUGCAAUUGUAAUCAACAUGCCAGAAAGUGCCGUUUCAACAUGGAUCUGUACAAGUUAUCUGGUCGGGUCAGCGGCGGAGUAUGUUUGAAUUGUCGACACUAUACGGCCGGUCGUUACUGUCAUUAUUGCAAAGAAGGAUACUACAGAGAUCCAGAUAAGCCGAUUACCCAUCGUAAAGCUUGCAAAGCAUGCGACUGUCAUCCGAUCGGUGCCUCGGGGAAAACGUGUAAUCAAACCAGUGGUCAAUGCCCAUGUAAAGACGGUGUCACCGGUAUCACAUGCAACAGGUGUGCCAAAGGCUAUCAACAAAGCAGAUCUCAUAUUGCUCCCUGCAUUAAAAUUCCAACGCCUAAGGUUACUUUGAAUCAGAUGUCGGCCGAUGCCGGAGAUGGAGCUGUCGAAGAAGAUAACGAAGGUGGCGAAGACGGAGCAGCAACCCCCUACAAGACGACUCCAAAAGAUCAAUGUGGAAAAUGUCGAGCUGGAAGUCGAAGAUUAAAUCUGAACAAAUACUGCAAACGAGAUUACGCCAUCCUGGGAAAAAUCUUCGAAAAAGAAGCCAUCAAAGAUUGGAUCAAAUUCACCAUAAACAUACAGAGCAUUUACAAAAGGACUCGAGAUUCCAAGCUGAGACGUGGUUCGACCUUUGUUUGGAUCCACGAGAGCGAUUUAGCUUGCAAAUGUCCAAAAAUCAAGACCGGAAAAUCGUACUUAAUCCUGGGCAAAGAGAAGGACGGCGACCGAGCCGGCUUAACCAUUACUCAACGUUCGCUGAUCAUAGAAUGGCGAGACGAAUGGCACACCAGGAUCAAACGACUACAAAGAAGAUCUCAUGAAUGUAAAUGAACGUGACCACAGCUUCCUUCAUCGCUGUAACUUCUUUCGACUUCGACUCAUCAUACCUUACAGUAUUUUUCCAAUUUUCAAAGUAAAAAAAAAGCCAUACGCGAUAUCGCCGCCGAUUAUACUCGAUUCGUAUACUUAAUUUUGGUAAAAAGGGCGGCGAGAUCAAAGGGAGGAGGAGAGUGAAACGAGGAUCGGAUCCUCGUUCGGUUACACGUUCCAUAUUUUCGUAUCAGUUGUCGCAUUUUUUUUCUCAAUUUUUUUCCUCUACUAUAAAGUGCAGGGUGAUUUGAAAACCUCUCUAUGUAUGUAGUUCCUUGAAUGGAAGGAAUAGGCAACUUGUACUACUCCAAAGAUGCGUCAGUUCUCUUGAAGGGACAAAUUAAAUCUGUAGCAUUAUUCAAUUCGCGAGAUGUGGACUGAUUUCCAGCAUAAAAAUGAACAAAAUAACAUGCAAGUUGCCUAUACAUACCUUCAUUUCUUCCCCCCUCCCCAAAAAGGAUGAAAUAUCCUUUGAAUACGUUCAAAAUCACUGAAAUUACUUCGAAAAGAAUUCCACACUCUUCUAUUCACACAUAUUUUCAAAAUUACUCCUCAAUUUCAUCGAUAAAAUGCAAUAAAUCGUGGAAAAAUUCAUCAACUUCCAAGUUGCCAGCUCGCUCCUUUAAAAGGACCCUGACAAUGAAUUAAAUAUCGGUUUCGAGUCACCCUGCAUAGUUUUUUUUCUCGUGUUUCUAUGUUUUAUUUUUCUUUUCUUUGUUUUUCAUUUCUUUUUCUUUUUUUUUAUUUAUUUAUUUAAUAUCAUAAUAAUUAAUACCGCGACGAGUAUUAUUUCGCUAAGUGUAUAAUAUGUGUAUUGUAUGUGUAUUUACGUUAUUUUAAAAAAACGUGUUUAAUUUUUGAAUGAAAAAAAUAUUACCUAUUGUACCAGUUUCUCUCGCUUCGAUAGAAUUUUUUUUCUCUUUUCUCUAUUUUUUUUUCUCUUUCUCUAAUUUACCAAUUAUAUUCGUUAAGAGUUUAUGUAUAACUGAUGAAAGCUUUAAUAUAAUUUAUUGCUACAUUAAUGUACAAAGAUUAUCGUGUUAACCAAGAGCAAUAUACCUAUAGGACGUUGCA